UCUGAUUUUAACUAGAACAACAAACACCCUGAAUCUGCAUCCCUUAACAGAACAGCUGGGAGUUUCUCAUCGGUUUCUAUACUCUGCUACAUGUGCACAUCAGGACAGUUGUGCAGGAUGAACAUGAAGCGUUUUCUCCCUGUAUUUACAGCGCUGAUCCUGGCUCUGUGCGUCUCUAAUGCUCGCAGUGUGGAUGAUGGAUCAGACCGGGUACAGAUCGGGGCUCCGGGCACCCCGGUACUGCUCUCUGAUUCGGACCCAGGACUGACAGAAGCAGUGAAAUUCGCUGAGAAACGGUACAACAUGUUAUCUAACGCCAUGCACAUCCGCAGAGUCAGCAAAGUAUUAUCUGCUACUAAACAGCUGGUGAAGGGGGUGCGUUAUAGUAUCACAGCAGAGAUUGGACGGACACAGUGUAAGAAAUCUGAAGUGCUACAGGAUUCAAAUAAUUGUGAAUUCUUCCCGGACUCCAAAAAACAGAAGUCGGAGGUGUGUUUAUUUGAAGUGUGGAACGUUCCCUGGCAGAACAAAUCCACUUUACUCAAACAGAAAUGCCAGCCUGCAGUUCCAGUUCAGGAGACCCAAAAGGUCGUGAAAGUACAUCUUUCCCAUGACAAGCCAAGCAAGGAAAAUGUUGGGCUUCUGAUGCAGUUUAAAGAAUUCAUAAUCAAGUACAAUCGCACAUACAGCUCUCAAGAAGAGGCUGAGAAACGCCUGGGAAUUUUUCAGCAGAAUCUGAAAACAGCACAGACCCUGCAGUCUCUGGAUCAAGGAACGGCUGAGUAUGGUGUUACCAAGUUCAGCGACCUUACAGAGAAUGAGUUUAGAAUGAUGUACCUGAACCCCAUGCUAAGCCAAUGGAGCCUGCAAAAACAGAUGAAGCCAGCAGCUCCAGCUAGUACAACAGAGCCGGCAAGCUGGGACUGGAGAGAGCAUGGAGCUGUCAGCAUUGUCAAGAACCAGGGCAUGUGCGGCUCCUGUUGGGCUUUCUCCGUCACAGGGAACAUUGAAGGCCAGUGGUACAAGAAAUCCGGACAGCUUCUGUCCCUCUCAGAGCAAGAGCUGGUGGACUGUGAUAAACUGGAUCAUGCCUGUGGAGGUGGACUUCCAUCCAAUGCAUAUGAAGCUACUGAAAACCUUGGAGGUCUGGAGUUGGAAACAGACUACAGCUACACAGGACACAAAGAAAGGUGUGACUUUAACUCUGGAAAAGUGGCGGCUUACAUUAACAGCUCUGUGGAACUGCCCAAAGAUGAAAACGAUAUUGCUGCGUGGUUGGCUGAGAAUGGUCCUGUCUCUGCUGCUCUCAAUGCUUUUGCAAUGCAGUUCUAUAAAAAUGGAGUGUCACACCCUCUGAAGAUAUUCUGCAACCCCUGGAUGAUUGAUCAUGCUGUGCUACUUGUUGGAUUUGGAGAACGUAAUGGAAUUCCAUUCUGGGCUAUUAAGAACAGCUGGGGAGAAGACUACGGUGAGCAGGGUUACUACUACCUGUACAGAGGAUCCAGACUGUGUGGGAUUAACAAGAUGUGUUCAUCUGCACUCAUUAAUUAAGAAUCUAUAUGAGCUUAUGAGUGCACACAAACAUAAACACAAACACACAAGAACAUUCACAGAAACACACUUACCAUAAGUUAUUAGAAUCUUUAGUCUUGUUUUACAUGUUCAAGAUGUGAUUUGUGGAGUAUUUAUUUAUCUGUACGGCAAGAGAUUUUACCUCAAACCAAACAUGUCCAUUCACACCAUGGAAAGGAAGAGACAAGUGGUUUUUUGCUUCAGAUCUUAUAUUUAUUUUGUCCUAGUUUUGGUAUGGGACAUGGGUCCAUUCAGUUGGGAUUAGUUUUACAUGGGGACCUAAGGUAAUACCCAGAGAUGUGCUAAUCUUAUGUCUACUGACAUUGCCCAUGUGUGUUCAAAGUACCUCAUAAAACCACAAUUUCCGUUACAAAUAGCGUUGCUGUGACUAAAAAGGUUCAACAUUACAUUUAAUCUUAUUUUUAAUAAUUAUUGUUUUAUUAUUUUAGCAUAUUUAUGUGUACUAACUUUUAAAAUGAUUAUUUAAUAAUAGUUUUGAACUGUUGUUACAUUGUUUUUAAAAUAUUGUGUUAUAAUUGAACAUGGGACUGCAUAAUGAUUUUGUAAGCUCACACUAGUUUAUUUCAGUGUUGAUAAAUACUUUUGUUAUUCUGUCAUCUUUUGCUGCAUGUUCUGAAACACCUAAAUUAAAACACCACUGCUGGACAUCUAAAGUGGACAGAAUAGAAAUACAAUAAAGAAAGUUUGUCACAAAUCAUAAAGUGCUACAAAAGUGUUACAAAAAAACUGCUGUUACAAAAAACUGCUGAAUGAAGUUAUUAAAUUCCAGUCUGUUUA